AUGGCCGACUUCGAUGAAGUGCAAGUUACUCAUAUUCCUCGAGGGGAAAAUUGCCGAGCUGAUAUCUUGUCUAAAUUGGCAAGUACCAAAAAUCCAGGUAAUCACAGAAUUGUGGUACAACAGAGUAUAAGUAUGCCGAGUUGGAUGAUGAUCAUGACCUCGGCAAAUGACUGGAGACAACCCACAAUGGCAUACCUUGAGAAAGGAACAUUGUCGGAGGAUCAACUGGAAUCCAAGAAGCUGGUCCGAGAUGCGACACAAUACACAAUUGUGAACGAUCAGCUGUUUAGAAAGGGGUUGCACAUUCCCAUGCUGAAAUGUUUGAACUCGGAAGAAGCAGAAUAUGUUCUAGCCGAGAUACAUGAAGGAAUAAAUGGACAUCACAUGGGAGGCAAAGCUUUGACUAGAAAGGCCCUUCAAGCCGGUUAUUACUGGCCGACUAUGGAGGCAGAUUCUAAUGAACAUGUCAAGAGAUGUGACAGUUACCAGAAGAACGCCAAGCAGAUUCUUUGA